AUGACACCAUUGAAUUCUGAUUUUGAUGAUGUUGAUAAGAUGAAGUUGGUUUUCUUCCUUGCGGUCUUGGCUUCCAUGACGCUCUAUUCAGCUGCUUUAUUUGGAAGUGAAUGGCGCGCCUACUUUGAUUACCUAAAUGGUGAAGUAGAGGGGGUGAAGCAGGCACUUUCUACAUCACAAAGCACCAUAACUGCGUGUAAUGCUUGCAACAAUAUCAAAGGUGUAAAGGGCUCUAAAGGAGAUAUCGGAACCGCUGGUGGAACAGGCCCGGCAGGCAACCAAGGGCCAAAAGGCGCUGUGGGACCAAAAGGGUCGAAGGGAAAUGUAGGGGACACAGGCGACACAGGUCCAGCUGGUUCACCAGGACCCACCGGUCCUAAAGGGUCUGCUGGACCUCUAGGGCCUACUGGUUCUUCAGGAGAUAAGGGCAUACCUGAUGGAGGACCGAAAGGACAAAAGGGGGAUAAAGGAACUGCUGGAAUCACGGGACCACAGCCACCAACAGGUCCGGGAGAUAAGGGAGAAAAGGGAGCUCAAGGGUCUCAGGGGACUAAAGGGGGUCUAACCAAGGGCGCUGCUGGAGCUAGCGGAGAUAAAGGUACUAAAGGAGAAAAGGGAGAAAAGGGGCAACAAGGGGCCCAGGGGGAAAAUGCUGUUAAUCCCAGUAUCCAGCAACAGCAGAGCGGAUCAGGAUCUCGCAUUCUGAGCACCUCUUCCACGAUCGGAUCGUCUUUAUUUGCAGUCUAUUUCAUUGUUUCUUUGUCAUUUUGGUGAACUGGAACGUUGCAUUAUAAUAAAGAGUACUGCAUU